AUGGCUCGUCGCUCUGCACCACUGAACUCAGGCCCAGCCUACAUCCCACCAAGCCAGUCGCAACGCCGCACACUCGCAGACCCCAACGAGACCGCCUUUGGGCGCUUUCUCCGGGAAGAAAUCUUCGCACCAGAGAAAAUUGGAGGGAACAUCAGCCUACUGACCGGCGACGUGGGGCGGGCUGAUGGUCCCCGCAUAGAGAACCUGUUUCCGACACAGUAG